UGAUGUAAAGCCUCAUUUUUCGCUCAAAGAAAAUUCUCUGUUUCUCACUACGGCUAUGACCCAGCUUCCUCUGCCUCCGUUACUUUAUUCGCUCUUCGUCUCUUGCCGAGAACUUCUCCUCCCUGUUCUCCACUUUCUCAAAGUAUUCUCGAGGCAAAUAUCAUCCUCCCCUUUUGUUCUUCGAUCUUAAUUCUUCCUUCUUCUGGAGACGAUCGCAGUUUCAGGGAGGGGGUUUGAAUCGGAAAGAGUUAAGCUUUUUGGUUUGAUUUCGCCGAGAAUCGAUUGGGUUCUCUUUCCAAAUUGGUCAACGGACGAAUACGCGUCGAGGGUCUCUUCCUUUAAAAAAAAAAUUGUUUUCUUUGGUUAUCUGGGUUUAUUUGUUGAAGGUCCUGAAUCGAGGGUUCCAGAUCCUUCUCUGGGGUCAAAACCUUGUUGGGACGUUUUCCGGUGAUUAGUGAUGAGGGAGGAUUCUAGGGUUUAGAUUAAGUGUGGGAAGUGGAAGAAAUGGAACAAAGAUCGUUCCCUGGCUUCGUUUGGUUGAUGUUGGUGUUUGAUUUGGUUGUCAGAGUCUCCAGCAACGCAGAAGGUGAUGCCUUGAAUGCUCUGAAAACCAAUUUGGCAGACCCUAAGAAGGUGCUCCAGAGUUGGGAUCCCACUCUCGUUACUCCCUGUACAUGGUUUCAUGUUACUUGCAAUAGUGAAAAUAGUGUUACACGUGUCGACCUUGGAAAUGCAGAUCUAUCUGGUGAGCUGGUUCCGGAUCUUGGCCAGCUUCCGAAAUUGCAGUACUUGGAACUGUAUAGCAAUAACAUUACCGGGACGAUACCAGAGGAGCUAGGGAACUUGACUGAAUUGGUGAGCUUGGAUCUUUACUUGAACAAUUUAAGCGGUCCAAUACCAUCAACUCUGGGCAGACUACAAAAGCUACGGUUCUUGCGUCUCAACAACAAUAGCUUAUCUGGAGAGAUUCCAAGGUCACUGACUGCUAUACGUACGCUCCAAGUUCUGGACCUCUCAAACAAUCAGCUGUCUGGAGAUAUUCCUACUGAUGGUUCCUUUUCAUUGUUCACUCCUAUCAGUUUCGCCAAUAAUAAAUUAAAGCCCCUUCCUGCAUCUCCACCGCCUCCUAUCUCUCCCACGCCGCCUUCACCUUCAGCGAACAAAAAUACAGAAGCAAUUGCCGGAGGAGUGGCUGCAGGUGCGGCACUUUUAUUUGCUGCUCCUGCCAUUGUACUUGCUUGGUGGCGAAGCAAAAAACCGCAGGACCACUUCUUUGAUGUACCUGCUGAAGAGGACCCAGAAGUUCAUUUAGGACAACUGAAGAGGUUUUCCUUGCGGGAACUACAAGUUGCUUCGGAUAACUUUAGCAACAAAAAUAUUCUGGGUAGAGGUGGUUUCGGUAAAGUGUAUAAAGGACGGUUGGCUGAUGGUUCUCUAGUGGCUGUUAAACGCCUGAAAGAGGAACGCACUCAAGGUGGAGAACUUCAGUUCCAGACCGAGGUUGAGAUGAUCAGUAUGGCUGUUCACAGAAACUUGCUUCGGCUACGUGGGUUUUGCAUGACACCGACAGAAAGAUUGCUUGUCUAUCCCUUUAUGGCGAACGGAAGUGUAGCUUCGUGUUUAAGAGAACGUACUGAUAGCCAACCACCUCUCGAUUGGCCAAAAAGAAAGCGUAUUGCACUGGGAUCGGCGAGAGGGCUAGCCUAUUUGCAUGAUCAUUGUGACCCGAAGAUCAUCCAUCGAGAUGUGAAAGCUGCGAAUAUAUUGUUAGAUGAAGAAUUUGAAGCUGUCGUUGGUGACUUUGGACUUGCAAAGCUCAUGGAUUAUAAGGACACUCAUGUGACUACCGCUGUUCGUGGUACAAUUGGCCAUAUAGCACCAGAGUACCUUUCCACCGGAAAAUCAUCUGAGAAAACAGAUGUUUUCGGGUACGGAGUCAUGCUUCUCGAGCUCAUUACAGGGCAGAGGGCCUUUGACCUUGCCCGGCUCGCAAACGACGACGAUGUCAUGUUACUUGACUGGGUGAAAGGGCUACUGAAAGAGAAGAAACUCGAGACACUCGUAGAUGGAGACCUUCAAGGGAACUACGUCGAGGAAGAGGUGGAGCAACUGAUACAGGUGGCUCUCCUCUGCACGCAAAGCUCUCCGAUGGAACGUCCCAAGAUGUCGGAAGUCGUGAGAAUGCUCGAAGGAGACGGGUUAACGGAGAGAUGGGAAGAAUGGCAGAAGGAAGAGAUGUUCAGACAAGAUUUCAACUACCAAACUCAUCACCAUCAGGCCAACACCGGUUGGAUCAUCGCUGAUUCCGCGUCCCACAUCGAAAACGAAUAUCCCUCGGGUCCUCGAUGA